AUGUCCUCAUCAGGCCUUACUCGGCGCCGAGGCGCUGGCGGAGGCGCCGCUGCCAACACCGAGGGCGAAGCAAGCAAUGCCGCUUCAAGAACCAAUUCCUCCAACAACGUCAGAGACAAUGGACCAGAGACGAGCUACGAGAAUAGCGAGAAUGGCCACAAAAUUGCAUUCGACCCCAGGGAUAUCAGCGAGAGCGCCGAGCGCAGCAAACAGCCCAAGCUGACCAUGAUGGAGGAGGUCUUGCUUUUGGGACUCAAGGACAAGCAGGGAUAUCUCUCAUUCUGGAACGACAACAUUUCAUACGCUCUCCGAGGAUGCAUUGUUCUCGAGCUUGCCUUUCGCGGACGCAUCAGCAUGGAGAAAGACCCUUCUAGACGGCGAUUCUCUCCGGCCGAUCGAAAUAUCGAAGUCAUAGAUGAUACCCUUACCGGAGAAGUCUUGCUUGACGAAGCUCUCAAGAUGAUGAAGCAAAGCGAGAAGAUGAGUGUGAGCUCCUGGAUCGACUUGAUGAGUGGCGAGACGUGGAACUUGAUGAAGAUUGGUUACCAGUUAAAGCAGGUCCGUGAGCGUUUAGCCAAGGGACUUGUAGACAAGGGAAUUCUCCGAACCGAAAAACGAAACUUCCUCUUAUUCGACAUGGCCACUCAUCCCGUUGCCGACGGCGGAGCCAAAGAAGAGUUGCGUCGCAGAGUCCGUAACGUCCUCACCCAAAGAACCGUUGUCCUCAGUGGAAACCAAUUCCUACCAGAGAACCUCGAGUUUAGAUACCUGCGGACCAUCUGCAUGGUCUGCGCCGCUUAUGCCGCCAAUGUGUUGGAGAAUGCUCUGUCAACCCUCGGCCACGAAGCACGUGAGAGAGCCUUUGCUCAAACAGACGAAUUGUUGGCCGACUACAGCCAGUGGCCGUUUGGAAAGAAGGCUACCAGCAACGGCAUUGGCGCUAACCUGCCACAGGUUAUUUCAGAAGAAAUUGGCAAAGCCAAGGACAAGGAACUGCAGCUAGAAGUUGUCGCCGCCUGCCUGAGCGUCUUCACUCGCCUCGACUCCCUGCUAUAA